AACGACGACGUGUGUGUGUGCGUGUGUGUCUUCCUGUGGAGUGCCUUUGAAUAUGCAUGUCGAAGUCUUACAUUGACGGUUUUGAGAUACCGAGGGUGAGAGCUUCGUUUCCGGUGCCGUCGUGGUCAUCGCAUGGUAUAUGGUCAUCGCAUGGUAUAUCUACGUGUUUGUUCGCACUGUGAAUGCCUUCAGCAUGUGGCAACAGCUUCUCAGUUUCCGUGUGUAUGAUCUGCGGAAGAUGAUGGUUCUAGACGGGCCGGCUAAGCCGUUUGGUCUGUAUAGUAGGUACUCUAGCUAGAUCUAGAGACAAGAAGUAUAGGCUAGUAUAGCUAUAGUACGUGUGAGCAAACUGGCCAUGGGAGACCGACGAGUUGGACUGUUAAUGCCUACUUGGAAUGGAUACCUUACUAGUCUGGCACUUGGAAUGGAUACCAUAGUAGUCUGCAUUGUGUUUGUGUCACGUGACUUGUAGCUGGCUGCAUCGCUGUACAUGUGUAUGAACAAAGACAAGUUGGGAGGAAAAUGGAGAUUUAUUGUCUUUGUGCUGUGUGUAUACGUAGAGCUACACUACGCUAGAAACGUGAAAUAGAUGGACAGUCUAUCUAGUACAGUGCUGGUCUUACAAGAUGGCUAAUCUAGAGACGACCAAGUCAAGUUGCAGUUCAUUACAUUGAUUAGAGAUGAUGUAUACAUUAUGGCCGGUUUGCACUGUGAAGGCAUCUGAAUCACAAUUCUGUUGUACAGUGUACCCGAAAUUUGUAGGCUCAAAUCUCUGCGGGCCACGCCAGAAUUUGCGGUACCACCGAUUGAGCAGUUGGGCGUUCCAUACUAGAUUGCCUCAGUUUAUAGCUAGAACUCUAUUCCACCAGAGCCGAGCGCGACUUGACUGCUCGAAACGUGUAGGUUUUGCUGAUAUCAUGGACAAAGUGAAAAGCUUCAAGCUCAAGGCCUCGACGUGGCUGCAAGGCUAUGGAGGUGGCCAUCAGUCGACAACCAAUCGUUCCUCCACAACAGCCGAAAACGCUCUGUCGGACGAAGAUCUGGCAUUGAGACGGCUCGACGAAACGCUCGAGAACCGCAAAUACGUUCAACUUGUGUCGUACAUUCAUGACAUCGCCGACGAAACAUUGACGGAGAUUCUGGAGUCGCUUCCUUACAGAAACUUAGUCAAGGGAAUGCCGGAGACGAUCGUGGCCGUCGACGCUUUGUUCUCGCGUAUCGAUCGUUUGAAGUCAGCUAGCAACAGUAAAGUCGAGUUUCCCAAGUCUGUGUGUGACGAGUUAGCCGUUCAGAUGAGCGUGCUGCUCGAAAUGGGAGAGAACGAGCCAGAUAUGUUUGCUCAAGAAAUUCACGUUAGUCGUCAGACACUGACCGUCAUUAUCCGCCACUAUCCCGAACUGAGAGCGAAGUUGGACACACGGUGUAAACAGAUGACACUUUUGGUCGACUCUCUAGCUCAACAUGUUAGAAUUGGAGCUGAAGCGCAUGCUCCGACCCUCAAGGAGGCAAUCGUAGAAGAAGUCAAUAAGACGCUGAAAGACUUGAAGACGUCGUCCGACAAAUUAGAAAGUUUCAGCGUUGGUGAUAAAAUAAACAGGCCGGGAAGCAGUCGAAGUCUAGGAAGACGUAAAACAAACAAGUCUUCGUCGUCUUCUUCUUCUUCUUUGAGUGUCGAGUCAGGAGAGGAGGCUCCGCAAGACGACAUGGCUGUCUCUCAGCGUCACAUUCAGGACCGUCUGAUUCGAAACCAGACGCUCAUGUCGAUGGUAAAGCCCGUCAAUCGGCGAGGCAAUCUCCCGGCCUUGAUCGACAUGUUGGACGAACGCCUGCGCAACGACAAGGACGUGCUGGCUAUGAUGAGUCAGAUCAAGGCCGAAGUAGAGUACAUGGGCGUGUCGAUGGACGAGCCCGUCGGUCCCGUCAUUCUGCGGCACGUGCACGCGUUUGGUCUGUUGCUGCGGCUGUGGGAUGAGUGUCAGGCGGACAUAGUGCGACAAGAGCAGAUGGAGAGAGAAGAUGCCGAGGCCGAGAUGACCGUACUGGCGAUGGGAGCUUCCGACGGCAUAUCGUCUACGAGCAUGGCAACUAUAGAAGAACAUGCAAACGGAGAAAUUUCUCAAAACGGUGACAACUUCCUUAGCAGCAGCCAGAAAUCGGAAAUUUUGUCGGUCGUGAUCGGGCACCGUCAUGUGUCUCGGACGUCGAGCGAAGCGAGCUCGGCUCAUUUGUCUCAGGGACUUCGAUCCGUUUUCUUUGACUUGGCGCAACAGGGGCAGCUGUCGUUGCCACCGUCUGUCGCUGGAAGCGUUCAGGCGUCUCCCUCGAUGUCGCGUGGGGGUUCUAGAGCGUCUUCAUUUCGACGGCGAGACGGUUCGGCGUCUGCCGAUGAAUUUGAAAGGCAGCGGCAAGAGCUCUUGUUUGCAUACGAGAAGAUAAAUCAACUGAAGAAAAGAGAGAAGGAGCUGACCGACAGGCUUUCAGAGCAAGCUCAAAGGCAACUCGAGGCAAGCAGCAAAUUUGAGGACGUUUCGUUAGGCCUGCGACCGACGCAGCUCAUCAAACAAUACGAAGAACUUUACUCUCAGCAACGCGUCGACGCUCUGGAUGGCUUGGAUGAUAUCGAUAUCGACCUAUCAGAAGACGGAGUAGACGAAGCGAGCUGGAAAUCGCACCUCCUCUUUACUGUCCUCAAGAUGUCGUUUAGCUACGCUGCAUCGGCAGUGCGUGAAGUGAAAGAGAGAGUGCGGUCGCUUCUUCACGCUCCGAGCCUCGACAGCAAAGCCCAAAACAUCCGAACGGCGGCGGCCAAGCAAUUGGACGCGGCCUGUCUCUCGUAUCUCCGUCGCUCCGCCGUCGACUUCACUACCGGCGACAUCUCGGAGAACGUGGCGAACGAUUUAUGGCUACACUACGCCGACAAACCCAUUCUACAGUCGUGUUUUCAGCUCAGAGAAUUUAUCAGCGCCUGUUCGCAACUUGCUUGGGAGAUGAAGAUCCAGUCUCCGCCGAUGUCCGUCUCCCAUCACGCUCAAUACUUCACCGUCGAUUAUCACUCUCGAUUUUACUCGGCCAAUACCAAGUCGGACGAAAUUAUUUCGUAUUUAUGGCCGACCUUGUUGGACUGCGAAGGUGGCUCACCGGUCAGUAAGGCUGUUGUAAUGACGUAGACAUGCAAGGGAUUGCAUGGUCUCUGUGUAUGAUCCUCGCAUGCGAUGGUUAAUUAAGUGAAGGCAUACUGUACAGUUAGUUGACGGUUGAAACGUAUACGCAUAUUUGCUUUCAAGCGUAUUGUGUGAUACAAACGGAUUCCAGACGCCUGAGGGCGACGUUGGGUGUGUAGUAAUGAGAGUGCAAGAUAAAUUAAAUUAUCUUGAUAUUGUGCA